AUGGACAGCGACCAGGAGGAAGAAACCGCCUACCUGCUGCAGAAGCGCCGAGACAUAACGAAAGCCCUCCUCCACCUGCCCUACGAUCUUAUCGCCUACAUCGAGCGUGCCGAAGUGCACACAGAGCUGGGCUACCCCGACCUGGCUGCUGGCGAUAGUUACAAGGCACUUCUCCUCUGCGACGAGUGUGCCAACGAGGGAUUUGAAUACCACGAUGAGGCUCUUGAUGCCCUUCGGUCCCGCUCCAACGAUGGGACCCCGAUAGUGCUGCGGGAACCAGGGACCAGCAGCGUCGAUCUCCCCCGCGGGGUAGAGAGCAUGAGUCUUAACACAGACGCAGAGACAGAGGCAGACGCGGAAAGGAAGACCUUGGAGCUCGUGCGCAUAGCCUCGAUACGCUGUUACCGCAGCCUCGCCAUCAGCCUGCUAUUAUGUGGGUGUUUGAAAAGCGCCUACGACUUUUGCACGAGGGGACUGGCAGUGGCGCCCGAGGACGUGGAACUUCUGCAGGCCAAGGAGUACAUCGAGAAUAUGGCGAAGAGGAGACUGAAGGUCGACAAAGUGGAUAUCACUGAGCUGCCUGACCAAGGGCUGGUACGGCGCGAAAUUUAUCCAUGGAACGACCAUGAACCGAACCGAUACGCGCAGGAGACUUUGGACUUUCUGAACGCUCAGUUGGCGGACGCAGCACCAAAUGUCGAAGUCAGGGUCACAGAACUGCCAACCCUUUUGGAGUCUGCUGGGACAAGUGUUGAUGGCUCUGGAACUCUGCCAACAAACAAACAGCUGGGUCUAUUCGCUAAGGUCGAUAUUCAGCCGGGCGAUCCUAUUCUCAACGAAACCUCUCUCCUAGUAGCCAAUAACAGGCUGAAGGAAUCGCUCUGUGAUGCUUGCAGCUUGGAACUACCUCCUCUCACAUCAGAGAGCAAAGUGGUGGGCUGUCCGGAAUGUGAUGAUAUCAUGUUCUGCGACGAAUACUGCUUAAGUCGAGCACAAGAAGAAUACCAUCCCGCAGUGUGCGACAAGGACAUCGACACCAUUGCUAAAGACCCAGACCCAAGGGAGAAGCCUUUCGCUCUGUAUCUCCUACUCCUAUCGCGCGCUCUGGCUAUGGCCGAAACCCAAGAAAUCCAUCCACUGGAUUUGAAAGAAGUUAAAUACAUCUGGGGCGAUUUUCUCCCAAGUAUGGCCAACGCUGUUUCUCUUUCCCCCAAUGCCCCACCUCCUCCCGUCUGGACUCUUCCAUUUUCCUUCCAAUACAACAUCGCUGGCCCACUGCACGUCCUAGAGAAAAUGGACAUGGAUAUUUUCUCCACGCUUGCUACUUACGAUCUUUGGAUCCUCAACACACUCUACAGCAAGUUCCGCGGCACAGCCUCAGCUCGAGUCAACAAGAGAAACGGCCAUCCUGAAGUUGCUGCUGUUCAUCCCCUCUGGUGCUUGGCAAAUCACGAUUGCAACCCAAACGUUCAAUGGGAGUGGGCAGGUCGCAUGAAACUUUGGUGCAGAGAGAAGAAGAUUGGCGGAUUGCCAGGUGGGAUCAAAGCAGGAGAAGAAGUCUUGAAUCACUACUGCGAUAUUGACUUGAAAGUCCAGGAUAGAAGAGAGUGGGCGCAAGGUAGUCUGGGCGGUUGGUGUAUGUGCGAGAGGUGCCGCACCGAAGCUGCUGAAGAGGCAAAGGCAACGACAACGGCAACGAAUGGCGCUGGUGGGAAGCAUCUGACCAAUGGGCAUAGUUGA